UUUCUGAGUCUCUACCCCCCCAAAUAAUUUAUCUCAUUUACUUAAACUUUUCGAUAUAAAAUGUUAAGAAUUAUUAGAAUUUAAGCUUAUUCGGAAGGAUAAUGAUGCAGGAAACAACAAAAAUAGCAGGUCUAAACUGAAUUUGGUAAUAUGCCAAACAAGAAAAGCUUGUUUUUAAUUGAAUUUGGUAACAUCACCAAACCUUACUAUAUACGUUUGGGAUGUUACAUAUGCAUUAAAUAUAUAGUCAAAGGUUUGCAUUAAAAUAAUGGGGUUACAACGCGACUAAAUUUAACAAAGCUUAUUAAUAUGUCGUCACAUAUACGUUUUCCCUAAAUAAAAUAGCAUCUAUUGCAUAAUAAUGUACUCACAAGGCGGGAAGACAAGACACAGUGUCACCUGAGGUGUGGUUAACGUUAAUGUUCAACAUUUUUCUGUUAUGCAACUAUUUAAUUACUAUUUUUAUUUUCUUGAGUGAACUUUUUAUUAUUUAAAUAACGUACAUAUGAUAUAUAACAAUUCAUUAAUGUGCAUUAAAUACACACUUAUGUUUUUCUAUUUGUUGUAGUAUUUAUUAUUUCCUCGGUGAUCAGUUCCAAACCCUUAUAAAACCCAUUCUACAUCACCUUUUUAAGUCAAUUCCCCUAUAAAUCUCUUGCUAGACAAAAUAUUCGAUUAUUAAAUUAUGGGCAUGCACAACAUGACGACCAAGCCCAUUUUUCUUUUGCCUUUGUUAUUAAUCAUCUCAACAUAUACGAUUUCCGCGUCUAACACCUCACUUAAUAUUCAACUAUUCGACAAAACCACCCUAAACGGAAGCCUACACGAUCUACUCGACACGAGCCUUGGGGAAACUUUAGCCCAAGCUCAAAAUGCUCACCAACUCAUUUCAAAUAUGAAUCUAAGCUCCUUCAACGAUGAUCGAGCCAAAACGGCUUGGAACGAUUGCAGAUAUCUUUACCAGGACGCGAUCGAUCAACUCAAUCGAUCCAUCGCCUCCAUAAACAAUCGACUCGAUGUGCAAACAUGGUUGAGUGCGGUAAUGGCCAAUCAAGAAACAUGCCAAAAUGGAUUUCUUGAUUUUGGAUUGCCCCCUCUCUCCUCACAAUCCUUCUAUCUCCACCUAACUAAUGCUAACAUGUCCAAGUUCCUUAGCAAUGCACUAGCCAUCAAUAAGGCCAUAUCUUCAACAUCGUCCUCAGCUAAGGAAAACAGAAAUCCACGUUUAUUAGCCAACGAUUUCCCUCAAUGGGUUUCCACCGGUGAUCGGAUAUUGCUCCAAUCUUCCGGUAACCCAGGAAAGGCUGCCGAUAUUGUGGUGGCGCAAGAUGGUUCCGGCAGUUACAAAAAUAUUUCCGAAGGCUUAGUUAAGGCUGCCACCAUGAGUGGAACCAAGAGAAUUGUUAUGUAUGUCAAGAGGGGGAUUUACAAAGAAAAUGUGGUGGUGGACAAAUAUUUGAAGAAUUUAAUGCUAAUUGGAGAUGGAAUUGAUGCAACUAUUGUUACCGGCAGCAACAAUGUCCAGAAUGGCUACUCAACAUUUGGUUCUGCAACGUUUAGCGGACACGGUAACGGCUUAAUCGUCCGUGGCAUGACGUUCGAGAACACGGCCGGAGCCGAGAAGCACCAAGCGGUUGCGGUGCUGUCGACGGGCGACAACUCGGUGUUCUACCAGUGCAGCUUCAAGGGCUACCAAGAUACCCUCUACGUCCACUCCAACCGCCAGUUCUACCGCGACUGCGACAUCUACGGAACCGUGGACUUCAUCUUCGGCGACGCAGUGGCCGUCAUUCAAAACUGCAACAUCUACUUAAGACAACCUAUGCCCAAACAAAAGAACACCAUCACAGCCCAAGGCAGAACGAACCCCGACGCAAACUCCGGCAUCGUCGUCCACAGAUCACGCGUCACGGCGGCGCCCGGGGAAGCUCCCGUGGAGAAUUACCUGGGGCGGCCCUGGCAGUUGUACUCGAGGACGGUCUUCAUCAUGUGCAUCAUCGAUGAUUUGAUUGCGCCGGCGGGGUGGCUGGAGUGGGAAGGAGAUUUCGCUUUGACCACUUUGUAUUAUGGUGAGUAUAUGAACACCGGCGGCGGCGCAGAUACCAGUGGGAGGGUGAAGUGGCCGGGAUUCCACAUCAUCGCUAGCGCCGGUGAAGCGGCGGAGUUCUCGGUGCAGAAUUUCUUGGCCGGAGAUCGUAAAGUGUGACAGCAAAUUGGUAAGAGUAUAUAAGGUGAUCUGAGGAAUCAAAACAGCUAAGAAAUCAGCCGAAUAAUUCUACUAAAGGAUAUUACCCUUGAAAAAUGAUUACAACAGUUUCUCUAUAUGUAGAGAUGUUUGCUGAACUCUCUAAGAAAGGAAACAUCAAACAUUGCAAAUUCUAUUUCUGGGUAGGAGAGAGACUGAGAGACGAUGAAAUAGCGGAUUUUUCUUCUUUCCGGUUGUAAUUUCUAAUCUCAAGUGAAUUUAGUGAAAACCUUUUCUU